GUGUUGAUAUGACCUACACCGUGGCAGUACUCUGAUUAAUGACAGUCAUGUGGUGAAAGGCAACAAGAAUGACCAUUACUGUAAGGCUGCGUGAAAAGAUAUCGCAGGCAUUCUACAACUACGGCCUCUUCUGUGCAUCUUACCCCAUCCCCAUCAUCUUUUUCACCGCUGGCUGUAUCUUAACAUGCUGUUAUCCAUUAUUGAAGCUACCUCUGCCAGGAACGGGGCCAGUGGAGUUUACAACACCUAUCAAGGAUUACACCGCGCCCCCCAUCAAAGCAAACCGUGGACCCAGCGAGCAGAGUGAUAGACCAGAUUGGUAUUUCGGGCCUCCAGUUGCAUAUAUACAACAGAUAUUCGUCAAGGCCAUUGUGUCUCCUUGGAACAAGCACUUAUUCGCAGUGGACGUCUUUCGUGCCCCUCUCUCCAAAGUGUUUCAGCUGGUGGAAGAAGUGAGAAACCACGUCUUUCAAGACAGCGCUGGCACGAAAAGCCUCGAACACAUCUGCCUCCAGGUCACCGAUCUACUUCCUGGGUUAAAGAAGUUACAGGGUGUACUUCCUGAACAUGGCUGCCUCCUUAUCUCCCCUGCCAACUUUUGGAAGAACAGUCGCGAUAACUUUGAUUCUGAUCCGGACAUCAUCGGCACCAUUCACCAACAUGAACCGAAGACUCUGCAGACAUCUGCUUCACUCAAAGACUUGCUGUUUGGAGUGCCGGGGAAGCACAGUGGAGUCAGCUUACACAACCGUAAACGUGUGGUCUCCUACACCAUCACCAUCAUCCUGCAGCAAUAUCACUCCAGAUUUCUGAAGAGUCUUCGAUGGAGAUUGAAGCAACUUCACCCGAGUGCCAACAUCACAUUGAGGGAAGAUCAGAUCGUGCAUGUCCAUUUUAAAGAAGAAAUUGGCAUUGCUGAGUUGAUUCCUCUGGUCACUACCUACAUCAUUCUGUUCGCAUACAUCUACUUCUCUACCAGGAAGAUCGACAUGGUGAAAUCAAAAUGGGGUCUGGCUCUUGCAGCAGUGGCCACUGUUCUGAGUUCCCUUCUCAUGUCAGUUGGUUUAUGCACACUCUUUGGCCUUACACCGACGUUGAAUGGAGGAGAGAUCUUCCCCUACCUAGUUGUGGUGAUUGGUCUGGAGAAUGUGCUUGUUCUCACCAAGUCUGUGGUCUCCACCCCUGUGGACCUUGAAGUCAAACUACGGAUAGCACAAGGUCUAAGCAAUGAAAGUUGGUCCAUAAUGAAGAACAUGGCUACUGAACUGGUUAUUAUACUGAUUGGUUACUUCACCUUGGUUCCAGCUAUUCAGGAGUUUUGCUUAUUUGCUGUGGUUGGACUGGUAUCUGACUUCUUCCUUCAGAUGUGUUUCUUCACAACAGUGUUGUCCAUUGACAUUCGACGCAUGGAGCUUGCUGAUCUUAACAAGCGGCUUCCAGCAGAGGCUGUGCAGGAGAUCUCCGAUCAAAUGAGGCUGCCACGUUCCAAGUCAGUCCCAAGGCAGAAGAGGUAUGAGCGACAGGCUGCCCUGCAGUCCUCAGCCCCAUACACUAUCUCCCUGCAGCCGUCUUCUUUCAGAAACCUGCGGCUGCCGAAGAGACUGAGGGUGGUGUACUUCUUGGCCAGGACCCGACUGGCACAGAGAAUUAUCAUGGUGGGGACUGUGAUAUGGAUUGGGAUCCUGGUAUACACUGACCCAGCCGGCCUCCGGACCCUAUUAGCAGCGCAGGUGACCGAGCAGAGCCCGCUGGGGGAGAACGGCCUGGCCUCCAUCGCGGUUCCUCCGGGGGUCUUCCAGAGGGGGGACACCAAGGACGGCCUGCCGGGAUUCCCGUCCGACGUCAGCCCGGCGGGGCCGGAGAACCAGUCGCUCGACGCGGCCCAGACCAAGAAUCCCACCCCCCUGGACCCUUUACCCUUGCAGUCUCCCGAAAACAUCUCCCCCCGUGGCAAAGAGCAGGGCCGGAGAGAGGCCAGCGUCCCGGAGAACGACUUCAAGGUGGAGAUUACCUGGGGAGCCCAGGACGAAGAGAUGUGGAGGAAGCUCUCUUUCCGACAUUGGCCCACACUCUUCAGCUAUUACAACAACACUUUGGCAAGGAAGUACGUCAGCAUUCUGCCCAUCAUCCCCGUCUCCUUCCACCUGAGUCUGCAAGAUGCGAUGGAUGCCAGGCACCCUCUGGACACCAAGCGAUACCAUUCCCUGUUCCCAGCCGGUUACGGAGAGACCAGGGAUCAAAACAAGCCGGGGAUAGCCAGGGAUCCAAACAAACAGCAGGCUCCCUCCAAACCGCAUGUUCAUCUGGACAUCACUCUCUACAAGGUUGGAGCGCUUGGCCUGGCAUCGGGGGUCCUGCUUGUCAUUCUGCUCUUCUGCUUGUACAAAGUGUUCUGUCCAAAGACCUACGGCCAAGGUGGUCUCUCCCACGGGAGGAGGAGACGUGGAGAUCUCCCCUGUGAUGACUAUGGCUACUCGCCACCCAUCAGUGAGACCUUGCCACUCAUAUUGAAGGGGCAUUUAAUGGAUAUUGAAUGCUUGGCGAGUGAUGGGAUGUUGUUGGUCAGCUCCUGCCUGUCUGGGCAGAUCAGAGUGUGGGAUGCACAGACCGGUGAUUGUCUCACUGUGAUAUCAAACUCCAGGCAAUGGGGAGAGAGCGGUGUUCUCCUCGAGCGGCAGCAGAGCCGGGAAUACAUAUCGGAUCCUGAAAACGGAGAGGAUGAUGUGUAUGAGAAUGGAUACACCUUCCAGAGGCAGCUAACCUCUCCGCAGCCCCUUCUCUUCACCGACCAGCCUGACCUGUCCAGCUUUAUAGACACCAACUUUGCCGAGCAGAUGAAAGAAGACCACACGGCUCCCAGGCAGAGAAUUAUCUCCGAGUGUUCGCAAGAGACUGGCUACGACUUUGGCCGGGCAUACGACAAGGCGUACGAGGAUCAUAUGAUGCUCAACGCGCAAAACCUGCGGGGUUUCCCGUCCCGCCCAGCGCCCGUCAAGUCCCAAACGUCAGUGAGCCUGAAGUCACAGGGUUGGGACGUCGGCUGUAACCACCGCAGGAGAAGUCUCGGUGACGAGCCCUUGGCUGUGUACGAUAUGGCCUCUGCCCUGCCCGUGGGCGGUGGGGACGGUGAAAGCUCUGUGUGGAGUCUGGGCAUACAGGGCAACCUCAUCGUGACCGGACGGAGUGACGGCAGGCUCCAGGUGUGGAACGCUACAGAUGGAUUGCUUCGCUGCUGUGACGAGGAGGGCUCGUCAGGGAUAACUGCACUGGCUUUCAUCACAAACAGAAUUGUUGCAGCCAGACUGAAUGGUUCAUUAGAUUUUUAUUGUUUAGAUACCAAUAAGACUUUUAAUCAGCUUCAAUACAGAGGGACCCCCAACAGGUCCAGCAUUCCAUCGUCGCCAGUUUUCAGCAGUGACGAUCUCAUUGUUUGCCAGCUGACCCACGCCGUUCCCUGUGCGCAUCAGAAGCCCAUCACGGUCCUGAAAGCUGCGGCUGGCCGCGUGGUGACGGGUAGCCAGGACCACACACUCAGAAUAUUUCGACUUGAGGACUCGUGUUGCCUUUAUACGUUGCAGGGCCACUCUGGAGGGAUCACUGCCGUUUACAUAGACCAGACGAUGACGCUGGCCAGCGGGGGGCAGGACGGAGCUGUGUGCCUGUGGGACGUGUUGACGGGGAGCCGCAUCAGCCACAUGCACGGCCAUCGUGGUGACGUCGUCUCCCUCAUCUGUACCUCCAGCUGCGUCAUCAGUGGCGGCCUGGACGACAUCAUCUGUAUGUGGGACCGCAGCACUGGCAUCAAGCUCUACUCCAUUCAGCAAGACAUGGGAUGUGGUGCCAGCCUGGGGGUGAUAUCGGACAACCUGCUGGUGACGGGGGGUCAGGGCUGUGUCAGCCUGUGGGACAUUGGCUACGGGGACCUGCUGCAGACCGUGUACCUGGGCAAACGCAACGAGCUGCAGCUGGUGCGGCAGCUGCUGGUGCUGGACAACGCCGCCAUCGUGUGCGACUUCGGCAGUGAGCUCAGUCUCGUCUACUUCCCCUCCGUCCUGGAGAAGCUGGACUGAGCGAGCGAGCGCGAGCCUCGCUGCACGAGCCCACCACCGCCACGGACCCCGCCUCGUAGCGCAUGACUGGAGACGCCAUACACUGGAUGAUCAUUCGACUGCACGGGGAGAACGCUGCACGAUAACGCUGGCCGGCCUUCACUCUGCGGCAACUGGCUGAAACAAAGCAAGAUUUUAAUUUUAUAAUUUAUGUAACAAAGCUUCAGAACAGCAUGGUGCAGCGGGAAUAAGCCUGCCCUGCAAAGAGCACUUGGUUGGCACAACUAGCACGUUAUAGUAAUCAGGCCCGAUAUUAUUUGUUCUCACAAUAUCGCUUCAUGUGAAUCAGACAUAAACUGUGACGCAAGGAAGAUAGAGCAGAGAUAUUUUUUAAAUCAAAUUUUUUUUUUAAAGUGCAUUAAAGGAUUAUAAAUUUUAAGAAAA